CCCGCAGCCUCUGCGCGCCUUGGGCUCCUCCUUCCGCCCAAGCGUGGCCAAGUGAGGACUGCUCCGGCCGCAGGUAGCCGAGGCGCGGGAGGCGGCGCGCUGGACCCAGCGGAGCGCCCAGGGAGGGGCCGACGGACACGCGGACAGACGGAUCCCCCAACCCCCGCCCGGGACAUUAGCAGCGGUCUGCGCGGGCCAUGUGGGGGCCCGGGGUCACAGCCGAGGGCCUGUCGGUGGCGCCCGCACCGCCGCCGCUGCUGCCGCUGCUGCUACUGCUGACGCUGGCGCUUGUGGCGCCCUCGCGGGGCGGCGGGGGCUGCGCGGACCUGGCGUGUGGCGAGCGGGAGCGCUGCUGCGACGCGGCCAACGCCACAGCGGUGCGCUGCUGCAAGCUGCCGCUGCACGCCUUCCUCGACAACGUGGGCUGGUUCGUCCGCAAGCUCUCGGGGCUGCUUAUCCUGCUAGUGCUCUUCGCCAUCGGCUACUUCCUGCAGCGCAUCAUUUGCCCCAGCCCACGCAGGUACCCGCGCGGUCAGGCGCGGCCCGGGCAAGCACGGCCCGGGCCGCCGGGGGGCGCGGGGCCGCCGGGGGCCGCGGGGCCGCCCGACGACGACGACGACUCGCCCGCGCUAAUGCGCGACGAGGCGGCUGCCGGCUCCCAGGACUCACUGCUGGACAGUGGAGGCGGGGGCCGGGGAGGCGGAGGGCGCUCGGCCCCCUCCUGCGCCUCCGAGCACGAGCUUCGCGUAGUCUCGCCGGUCUUCCUGCAGCUGCCCAGCUACGAGGAGGUCAAGUACCUGCCCACCUACGAGGAGUCCAUGCGGCUGCAGCAGCUCAGCCCCGGGGAGGUCGUGCUGCCCGUGUCGGUGCUUGGCCGCCCACGAGGCGGCGGCGCCGGGGAGUCAGACGGCGGGGAGGGCCGCUUCCCGCUCAUCUGAGCGUCUAC